AUGCAAUCAUGCUGUUUUCGUGGCUUCCAGUGGAAUGGCACUCCCAAAGGCAAGACUGAGCCAUUUCCGACGUCAACCAAUCAAGCCUACGUGACAGGCGUCAACAAGGACACCGCGAUCAUGCUUGUGCAUGACGCAUUUGGCUGGAGCUUCGGCAAUAACAGACUGCUUGCCGAUCAUCUAGCGGAGGAGGUCAAUGCAACAGUAUACCUUCCUGACCUCUUCGGCGGUGAAGUUCUACCUUCCGACUCGCUUUCAGAUCGUUCGCGCUGGGGCGAUUUCGACAUGGACGGCUUUCAGAAGAGAAACAGUCGUGCUAUUCGGGAGCCGGAGCUCUUCGAGUGCGCCAAACAUCUUCGAUCCCAGUAUAAGAAGGUCGGGGCGAUUGGGUACUGCUACGGUGGCUGGGCGGUCUUCCGCCUUGCUGCGAAAGGCCAUAACUUGGUUGAUUGCGUUGUUGCCGGCCAUCCCUCCUGGGUGACCAGAAACGACAUUGAUGGGGUUGACGUCCCGACUCAAAUUCUGGCGCCGGAGAUUGACCAUGCGUACACCGACGAGCUGAAAGAGCACACCUGGGAGACAUUGCAGAAGCACAGUGUCCCGUUCGACUAUCAACACUUUCCCGGUGUCGAGCACGCCUGCCUGGUCCGAGGAGAUCCGAAACGGCCGGGUGAGCGGGAUGCAAUGAUCCGCGGGAAGAACGCAGCGGUGGGCUGGUUCAAGCAGUAUCUCCACCGGUACUGA